UUGAAAAGUGGAAAUCCCAGAGAAGUAAAAUGAACCUCUAGUAGAUGUGUCUUAGGAUUCAAUCUCGAAAUAUAGGCUACAAAUAUCUGCAUUUCAUUAUUUGAAAAAGUCAGAGCAUUAAAGAAUAUCAAAUUCUACAGACCCUGGACCCAGUUUAAAAUGGAAGGAAAACUUUGGAGACAUCAAUUCAAUUGAAAAGCAUUAGAAGAUUACUAUGGCCUCUUCCUCUUACGCGUCUACAGAAGAGACGACAAAUGCCUGUAGAGCCUGCCGACUUAUCCUGGGUCCAUGUACAGAUGAGUUACGUGAUGUUUUACGUCAUUAUGUACCACCAUCAACAUUUCCACAUGUCAUUAAAAUAAAGAGGAGUAAUCUCCCCCGUCUGACAGCUCAACAGAUGAAUCUUAUUUUACCGAGGGGUAGUAGUUAUACAGGAAACUAUGGUGAUAUGGACAUUUCAUUAUUGUAUAUACUACUUAGAAACAUUGGUGGUAUACCACCACACAGUAAUGGCUGGGGAUAUGAUCCAGACCCUACAGAUCUCUCUCUCUCUCUGCCAACAUUGAGAGAAUCCGUAUUGCCAGAAAUCAGUGUGUACAUUCUUCUAGCCCAGUCCUCUCUAAUGCUGACUUUAACACAAUCUGGUCCACUGUCAGAUCAGCAGUUGUGGACCUUGAUUCUUUCCUUAGCAAUGGGAACCAGUAUGAAAGAGAGGUGGACUUUUUGAGACAUGAGACAAUGGACCCUGUCCAUGACCGCCAUUACAUAGAAGAACUGAGGAAACAGGCUGAAGAAGAUGCAGAAACAAGAAAAAUGGUCCAAGGCCUGAAACGAAAAUUAAUAAAGAGUGAAACAGACAGAAUUAAAAAACACAGAAAAAUGCUAAAAAUUGUUGAUGAAAUUAAAUCGCCAAAGUCUGUCAUCCCUCCUAAUGUCAGAGAUAUUUUUGAAAAAGAGUUCAAACGAUGGAAAGAGGAGGAUCGGGUUUACAGUGAAAGCCACGGUUUCCUUGCAAUGUUGGACAAAGUAAGAGAGCAACCUUACAUGACAUUUGUUGGUGUCCCAGGCUCAGGAAAACGAUUCAUCACAUGCAACGAUUCAUCACAUAGCCCUGAUACUCCAAGAAGAAGGAUGCGAGGUUGUACCUAUUAUAGACAUCAGGAAGAUUGAAGAUUAUUCUGACUCUCGUCAUCCACAAGUUUUUGUCAUUGAUGAUGUGGUAGGUGUGUUUGGUCUUCAAAAACAGAAAUUAGAACUAUUACUCGAUUAUGAAAGAACAAUUUCAAAUCCCUCCAAUAGAAAUACAAAAGUACUAAUGUCAU